GGCGAAGCCUCAGAACAAUGCUGCUACACUGAAGGACUGAUUGUCAUAUGGGAGGAGUGAUGGUGAUGAUGGUGGUGGCGGCAGUGGUGGUGGGGCGGGCAGUUUAUUCUCCACCGUUGGGGCUUGGUACAGAGAGUGGCGAGAGGUCUUGCUGGUAACAGGCUGGUGUGACGCUUUGCAUGUGAGUGUCCAAGUGAAGGCUGCUGGGACUGCUCAUACAGGAACUGCUGAACGCUUGGAGAAUCGACCACGGUCACCUACACAGAAUCAGACAUCUAGGAUUCGGAGCAAGGCGACCAACUCAGGGAGAACAAUCACAACGGGAAGAAGAAGAAGAAGAAGAAGAAGAAGUAGAAGUCAGGACUGAGAGGGAGCAGGAGCCUGGUGCUGAGGCUGGUAUGAGAGAAGAAGGCUGUCAAGCUGUCUGGGUGUGAGUGAGCACCCUCUAGUGGAGCUGCUGAAACGCUGUCCUGCAAAGCUUCUGUCUGUUUCUAACCAUCAGCAUUUCAAGACGUCUAUGGUCCAACGUUGAGCAGAGACCAUGUGGUGUUGGGAGCUGCUCUUACCACUGCUGUUGAUCAUUAAUGAUGUCAGCUGCCAGUGGAACGUUUGGGUACCUCGGGACAUCUCGGCCAUGACCAACUCCUGUGUGGUCAUUCCGUGCACCUUCAUGUAUCCGUCUGGUAUCAGGCCAUACCGUGGCACUCACGGUAUCUGGUACUUUGGCCAGCCGUACCCUCAACUCUUCCCUCCCGUUGUCUUCAAAUCACGCACAGACGUCGUGCACGAGAGCUACAAGGGCCGCACCAAGCUCCUGGGUGACCUGCACCAGAGGAACUGCACUCUGCUCAUCAACAACAUCGGCACAGAGCACUCAGGGAGAUACUACUUUCGUGCUGACCUUGGUGGAGCCAACAUGUAUACGUACCCAGACUUCUCUGAGCUCAAAGUUCUGGAUCAACCCAACAUCGAUGUCCCAGAGGAGAUUGUCAGCGAUGAGAGUUUGGAGCUGACAUGCUACGCUCCAGACAACUGCCCCGACAUGACUCCAGAGAUCCAGUGGAUGUACACCGACUACCUGCCUGACCCAGAGUUCAGCAGUGACUACCUGGAGGAGAGCAACACGGCGGUACUCUCCAGCACCCUCACCUUCACACCCAGACCCAUGCACAACGGGCAGCUCCUGGGCUGCAGGGUCUACUACCCCAACACCACACUGGUCUAUGAGAGGCUCAUCUCGCUGGACGUCAAGUAUGCUCCACGCUCUGUUUGGGUGAACGUGUCCUCUGAGGUGAUGGAGGGCAGUUCUGUGAUGCUGCACUGUGAGGUGGACAGUAACCCUCCUCCCAGGAUUUCCUGGAUGUUCGGAGACCAGGAGCUGCUGUGGGACACGGCGUCCAACGUCUCUCUCUCCCUGGACGAUGUGACGCCUGCGCAGGAGGGAAUCUACACCUGCGUUGGGGACAAUGGCUACGGCACCAUGAACACUUCACUGUACCUGGCUGUCAAGUACCCUCCCCGCGAGCCCCUUGUGAACGACUCUAUGACGGUACUAGAGGGAUCCUCGCUGGCCCUGCACUGUAGCACCCAGGGCAGCCCGGCCCCAACCCUCACCUGGCUGAAGGAUGGGGAGCUGGUGGGCACCAUCACCGCCGACGAGCUGUCAGUGUUGGAUAUCGUAGAGAUCACACCGCAGGGAGAUGGGCAGUACCGCUGCCUGGCCGAGAACGAGCACGGAAGAGCCAGUAGCUCCUUCAACAUCACUGUUGAGUAUGCACCGGUCCUUCUGGAGGAGUCAAAGUGCACAGUGGUGAGGGAGGGUGUCCAGUGUGUCUGCAUCGCCACAGGAAACCCAGAACCCACCAUUGAGUUCUACCUGCCUGACCUGAACAUCACCAUCAAUGAAACAGACGGCCGGUACAACUUCUACACUCACACAGACGGACACACUUCCACGGGUAUGAUCAAGCUGCGGGAGAAAGGCGAGCGGGUCGACAACGGCGGACCUGCCGUCAACGUCCACUGCAGCAUCUACAACAUGUAUGGGAGAGAGAGCAUACACCUGGAGCUACAGCAGGAGAAAAAGUACAUGAUGGCAGUAAUAGUUGGCACCAUUGGAGGAGUGGCGGUCAUAGCCUUCAUCAUUGCAGCAGUGAGAUACGUUGGUCACAACAACAAGAAAGAGAAUGGCAACCCUAGGCAGGACGUGGUCCUGGAGAACCCAGCUUUGUACUACAGCGCAGUCAAGAAGGACAAACAAAAUCUGAGGAAGAAAGUGCUUAAGACAGAGCUGUUGGGCUCAAAGUUUAACUCCAUUCUAGAGGAGACUACGGGAGAAGACGGGGAUUAUCAACCUGCGGGCUCUAUGGCAGGACUGGAGAAGCAAGAGCUGAAUUACGCUGCUCUGGAGUUUAUCGGGGCCAGGUCCAGGGAGGGGGCCUCAGGGAGGGGGGAUGAUGGCAGCAACUACACGGAAAUCAAAGCCAAAUGAAUCGCGAUCCUUCCCUGAUCCCUCGGCUAUGCAAGACGCAGUGGCAGCCCCAACACAUGUCCUGUCUCAUAAACUGUGUAAUAACCCUCCUUCCUCUACUGGAUUCCAUCCUGCAUAUGACUCUUUUUUUCUCAUUUCUUCAGAUUUGUCACAUAUAAUGUUGAUGCCACUACUCCCUCCCAGCCUCAAGCUGCCCCUUCUCCAUCGGACGCCCCUUCACAUGCCAUCAUUUGGGAAAACUGGUACUUUUUUGGGUCGGAGCAUGACCAACUGGACAAUGUAAAAGGAAGUAUGUUAGCCUCAGUUGUAGUACAUGGGCUCUAAAACAUGCAGUGUUAACCAGCGACCAUGUUUUUUGUUGCUUUCUCCAUGUUCUCCAUUGUGAUUGUCAAUGUUAUUGUCAAAAGACAGACAUCUGAGUGCUCGCAUCCGUCUCACUAUUUGCUCUACAUCUGUGUCUUGUAACUGUCACUGUGUCUACUGCCAGUCGAAGCAUCAGGGCAAGGAGUAACUGCACUUUUUGUUCCCUUAUAUUUAUGUGUCUAUCAGCAGAGAGCAAACCUCUCUUCUCUCCUUCCUUUGGUUAAUUACGUCCCGAAAAGAUGAGUGACUGAGGCUAGAGAUGGAAAUGCAUCUUAGCAUCUUAUUUACACGUAAUUGUAUUUAAUGUGUGCUGUGACUCGGUAGCCUCUCAAAAAAUGAAGAAAUGUCACUAUCACUUUUGAUAAUAAUUGAAGAGGUUUUGUAAAUUCAAGUGGUACACUGUCCAGUUCUGAAAAAUGCCACAACUUCUUUCCAGUAUUUUCCAGUUAAUUGUAGAAUUUGUUGAGAUUUUGGGUGAAUUUCCUUCACUGUGGCCAAAAUGUCUGUCUCAUCUUCUACUUCUUCUCCUUAAAGCAUGGAUUCUAGCUCUCUGAUUGAUCUGGAAAGUACAGACCUAAAGCACAACAUAUUUGAGCGCGAGUGGCAGAAGUGUUAUCUCAUUUAGACAAUGUGCGUGUUUGUAUGCGUGUGUGUGUUCGAAUUGUGCUGAAAGAUCAUUGAUCACUGGGGUCUUUGGGAAGUCCGAGCAUCACUUCACUUGAGAAGUUGAUGCUUUUUUCUCACAUGGUUGCAUCAGAUGUUUGAAUGACAAAAAGUGAUGCUGACUAGCCAGCUGGUUGUGCUAUUCAAAGACAUUUGAUGAACCUGUGAUGUAAUAUCAAAGCACACUAAUUGUCUAACUUGAUAAUGAUGGUGUCAAUAAUAUAUAUAUAUUAAUAAGACGUAUAUUGAUAGGGAAUGGAUGUCAGUAUGUACAGUAAAUACCCAACAUGACUGUUUUGCCAACAGGCACUUAAAGUAUGGAUACAAGCCAGUGUGAGAAGUAUAUACAUUCUAUCUUGUCACACAUCAUUCAAAUACAUUUGACUGAACAUUGUCUUAAUAUGAGCUUGGUGAAUAGUACCAACAUCAACCUACUGUGCACUAUAGUCAAAGUCAAAUCCGAGGCUGUGUUUACAUGCAGGCAGUGGCCUUCUUAUUGACUGUAAUUGAGGCAGAUUUAAAGUACAAUACCAGCUGUGUACUUUUCUAUUAACCCUUGAAAGGGAACUACAGCAAAAGCAAAGAUACAGGGGCCGAGACAUCCAGACUUCUCCCAACCCACUGUAUUCCACAUUACCCACAGAGCAACCAAUAGCAUCUUUUUUUUAGGCCCUCCAUGCCUGGUAUUGGCCCAUGUCUUUCAAAACCCCAUGCGCCUUUUUUGUAACUCUGUAUUUUCUCAGACUUUACAAAGCAGAGUUGCAUUAUAGGAGGCCAUUAUCCAACUGUUUUCACAUUCUGAGCUGUACUGCCCAUGACAAAUACCUGACCUUUAUGUCAGUAAGUCAGUGGAGUAUCCCUUUCAUUUAUGUGAAUAGUCUCAACCCACCAAUGAAGCCAUCACUGUGCUUCCUCUGCUUCUUCCACUUUGAAUCACAUCUUGCAUGUCCCACGUCUCUGUUUCUCUCACAACUCAUUGACACACUGCAGCCUUAACUUACUAACAUAGUCUGCCAUUUUAAAUAAGACAACAUUUAAUCGUUUGAUUGAUAUUUUAAAUGGGUCUACUCACUUUCAUUCAAUGUAGGGAAAAUGCAAAUAGAUAUUUACUAUGUAUUGUAUGUUGGAUUGUUUUAAUAAUGUGUCAUAAUACAGUGACCACUUUUGGCGUCUAAAUGAAUCAUGCACAACAAUUACCUUUUCUCUGCAAGAAACAGUUUUUAAAAUACUGAAGGUAGCGGCUGCAGUUUGACUUUAAACAUAAAUUAUGCAACUUGUCCACUGAUUUUCUCCACCUAAACAAACAUUUUUACUCUGUAUGUAUUGAUUUUGAUAGAGUGCUCAAGUGGACACUAAAAUCUAGCUAGAGAUGUGCAAUGAUCUCUUCUUGAAGACUUAAAUUACUUUUGAUACACAUGCUCUGACUAAGGCUUUAUAAAUGUAUGUUAUAAAACAACACUGCACUUUGGCAGUCUCAUUUAAAAUGAUGGAUUAAGUUCAUCAAGGCAGCAGUGUGUCUAAGAGCUGUUUCUAAUUGGUUUUACAAUCAGCAGGAGUACAAAACACAGCAAAGGCCUCUCACUGUGGCAACUCCAUAUAUGGGUAGACUGUUCAUGGGCAGCAAUGGCAAUAUGAAAACAAAAUUACACUAGGAGUACUUCAGUUUAAGCUGUUCAAAUGAACCUAAUAAAUAAAAAAUAAUAAAUCUCUCUCUGCCAAAAGCCCAGUUUGAAUAAACCAUGUUGAUGAAGCCUUGGGUUCUCUAUGAAGCAGGGCAAAGAAAUACAAUGAGGAAAAGGUGUAUAAGAUCAUUUUUCAUACCCAUUAUGCUGUGCAGUGUGUAAACUACACAUGAAAGAAGUGAGAUCUUGCUCACCAGUGUUGGUGGUAAUGUAUUACAAAGCCAUGCAUUGUUACAAUUGUUCACCUGCAGCUGAGUGAAGGCAUCACCGUCACUACUUUAGUAGUCACAUUACAGUUACUGUUGUAACAUACAAGUUGCUGCAGGUUUUUCAUUUUCAACAUCUUUUACCUCUUUAUUGACACAAUAUCUUUGGGAAGCAUUCAUUUGUCUUAUCCAGCCUCAAGUCAUGUAUGAGGUAUUGAAAUUGAACAUGUGUUAGUGCACACAAAUGAGCCAACUUGGUGUUACAUUUGACUGAAGAAGUCAGAAUUAAAUACUGGAGAUUGUUUUUAAACCUGAGCAAAUCUAUUACAUACCACUACAAAAUGUAGUGGUAUGUAAUGCAAUAAGCUAGGUAUAGGGGGUUUUGAGCAGAUUAACACACUCCAAGCCAAAACAGGUUAAAAAUGCAGUUCUCUGUGCAUGUUAACAAAGCUUUUGUCAUCCAGCUAUUCUGACUCAGAUUUGCCUUUUAUUAAGACAUUGUUCUGUUGACUUAAUGAUGGAUAUGCUGGCCAGCAUUCUUAAAUUGCCUGUAUGCACAAAGUCAAUAACCACUUCCUGUCUUUGAAUGCCUCACAGUUUUUAUUUAUUUUUUAUUAAAUAUUUUUGAAAAAGUAGAAAUAUCAAAUAUGUCGUACCUAAUCUUUUGUCACAGUGUGUUGUAAAGCAAAUUUGUCCUAUACUUUGUUGUGAUCAUAAUUAUCAUUAUGGAGAUUUUUCUCUUCUACACAUACUGUAUGAUUGACACAAUAAUCAAGAUCAGGGUUUUGCACUGUUACUUAAUGACAGUAGGAUUUCUGCAAUGAUGUAGUUUGCUUGCUCUUUUAUUUUAAACAUGUCUUUCAUGCCUCAAGCAAAUUCAUCUGUCUUCAGUUCCACGCAAACAAAAAUAAAAUAAAAACAAAACGAACUGGAAACAGUUGAUUAUUGAUAGAAAACAAACUGUGAACUGUCUGUUUCUCAUGCUGUCUCUUUUCUUUCUUUUGAAAAGCAACAUCACCAUAAUGAAACUGUGUGCCGUGCUCUUUUUACUUUUUAGUUUUACUUCUUUGGUUAAGUGAACAAAGCUAAACACAAAAAUGGUUGAAUACAUCUCUUAGAUAAGGUGAGGCUGCUUUCUUGAUUAAAAGCAGAGAAGGGGAAGGAAAAGAGAAAGAGUCAGAGUCCCUCAGCAGAUCACUGUGGAGAGAAAAAAAAAUAAGGCAGAGAGGGGUAAAACAACUCGUAUCUUAUAAAUGUAUUUUUGAGUGGAAUAAUAAUUAUUUAAUGUAUCCGUGUUGUUGUUGAGCUGUUCAUAUAGCAACUUGUGUUACAAUAUUAUGUAUAGUACAGUAAAUGGUUUUGUCUCAUAGAUGUGAAGGAAGUUAAAAUUACUGGGAACACGUGUGAAGGAGAGUGAGACCCUGAAUCUGAUCAGAUUCAGGGUGGUACAAGUUUCCUUCCAUCGCUCAUCAUGUGGACGA